CUAUUUCUUUCUGAUGUUCUCGGACUAGCAUGGAUUUUCCUUUUAAAGCAGGUGGAAUACGAGAAGAAAGGAUUGACCGAUGUGAACCAAAUCUCCGUUUCAACUUUGCUAGAUUCUCUUGCUACGUUUUGGUCUAGACGUAUACUCAGAAGACACCAAAGAGCAAGAGAAGAAAAACAUUGCGACGGAAGCAAAAAGGGGCCAAAUGCAGCCUCAAUGGAACAAUGAAGCUCUCGACGAUCAUCUCGGAAUCCAAUGCACUGCUCUUGUGCGGUGGACAAAUACAUCUACAAUGCAAAGCAUGAACGAAUCGAGUCGAAAUGAAUUGUAAUGAGCGGAUACAGGAAAUGCAAUAAGUAUCGGCGAUGUGGAGGCGACCUCCGACAGGGCUCACGAAUAAUAAGCCCUUCAUGAAUUGAAUUGGCUCGGGUACGGGGAAGAAGGACUCAUCUCAGCAGUCGAACAAAAAAAAGCGAAGUGGGAGAGCACGGGAACCAAGCCAAUAUAAGACGAAGGACGAAGGGGCGAAAUGAAAAGCGAAAUGAAAAUUCCCGAUGAUGGCAUGAGAAUUGGAUGGAACCUAUUUGGGCGGAGAAACUCCGCCUCGAGAUACGUGGAGGAUCUUAGACUUAGUUUAGGUGAGUAUGUUCCUUUCUUUGGUUGAGAGAAACGAAAGCUGCGGUGGCAUUGUGAAUGGUGGAGACAACUGAUAGGACUAAACAAAGGUAAACAUCGAAGUGAUGGUUCUUCAAGAGGAGAAAUCGCCUAGUCUUAUCACUCAAGCGCUCACUUGACCAGUCAGGAAUUAACAAGAAUCCAUUAUUAUUACGAACCGCCUGACUUAACCCACAUAUGGCCGCGGCUCCAACAAGCUCUCACUCCCAGCCGCUCAUCCCAUGGACUAGCACUCCGCAAUUAUUUGCGGUACAAGACAAGAGUACACGAGAAUACGAUGGUGCAUCCAAGUUAGCAAUAUAUAGCUCGCCCUUCUUCAACUUCGUGGUUCUCGGUGAACUCACGGAGAAUAACUUGCUUAUCUCAUUAUUACGAGUCCACGAAGGGCGCGUAUACGAAACUCUGAAGCUGUUGCGUAUGAAUUUUACCUUUUCUUUCAUUUUUACAGGGACACAGGUGUAAUACCGGUCCUUCGCAACUCGUAAGGAUUCUCGGAAGUUAAUACUGGUGUACCUUCGAGGAUGAUACGUCGUUGCGGAAGGUAACGAGAUGACUCGAAUCAAAGCGAGAAGAAAGAAGACUGUCCGUACUUAGUAUCUGGGAACCCGGAUGCAUACAUACUGCAUGAACCUUGUACUGCAGUGUGAAAAGGUGAGGCAAGGGCAAGUCAGGAGCGGGAGAAAGAAAGAACGGGAGGUCGGGAGAACGAGAAGGUGCUUCGAGAAUCUGCACUAAGCCAUCCUCGGGUGUCCUAAGGAGUAAAGGGAUAUGUGCAUUUGAAUUGAGCUGUAAUACAUGGAUCAUAGAAAUCAUUAGAAGCACGGGAAGCACAGGAAGUCAUAAUCACGAGGAAGUACUAGUCCUUAGGUCCUAGGCGCUCCUUAUCCCUUAUGUGCGAGUGAACAAGAAACCAAAGAAUGCAAGACGAGUAGAAGAGUGUUAUGUUGUUAUGGUAAACUAGACAUCACUAAU